AUGGCCACGAUAACGAAGUUGGCAGUUCUAAUACUCUCUCUAUAUACACUUUCAAGCACUGCAGGUCCAAACGAGACCUUACCACCCUUCUCAAUUCCCAACGAGCCCUCUCCUAAAUACUGCGUAGGAUUUAACUACCAGGCAAACACUACGAACUCAACGCUCGAAUCACUAUACCCAAGACCCACUCAAGGCUAUGGAUGGAAGAAGGAAGACGGCUUCAAGUUCGGCAACGUCGUGGUCCAGAACAACUGCGCCUACGAUCUCUACCUCCGCUCAGUCGGCGUCUGGCCGCUCGGAGGACCAAAACUUCGAGACACCCCUGGUGGACUCAGCAGUCCCUGCGACGACACAGUGAUCCCAAUCAAGGCAAACAGCACCUACACCGAACCCUACCGCAUAACCUGCCCCAUCCCCGUCAACGGAACCUUCCCGCACGGCCAAUACUGCGCCGAUGAAGACAAACUCGCCGGGCAGGGUAUAUCGAUGAAGUUCGGUCGCACGACCGAUGCCGCAGCGGGCGGGAUCCUGCAGUUCGAAUACGCGCUGGUUCAAGACCCCGUCCGUGGCGACGACUUCCACAGACUCAACUACGAUGUCUCGCUGCUGGACUGUGGGACCAUACAGAGCGGAGUCGUCGAUGCGAACGCUACGAAGAUUCAGCAUACCGAUAAGGUUGACAAUUGUCCUGGGUAUGAUGGCGGCGUUGCGGUGACGUUUCUCCAUGAUGGAGGCAAUGCGACGAAUUGUGCGCCGAUAUACUGUAAUGGCGAGGAGCCUUGCAAGAUGAUCUAUACGUGGGAUAGGACGAGACAAGGGGAGGCGAGUCUGGCGUGUGAGAGGGAGUAUCGGGGUGAUAUGAGGGUGGAUUUGUGUGCGAAGAAUAAUCCAGAGCGAGCAAUGUAA